ACAGCCUGGUUUCUUUCAGGACUAAAACAUUGUACAUAAGGACAUACAUCAUACUAGGUCAAGUAAAAAUGUACAAGUUGGUACCAGAGCUGAUGGUCCUGCUGGGAGUCAUUGGCGUUAGCUCUGGUGCAAUUCAAAGACCUGAUUAUGAUGACACACCCAACCCAGAGUUCCUCAACCCUUUCUGGAUGGCCAACAUCCCUGAUGAUAGGCCUCUGUCUGAAGUCACCGUGCCAGGAACCCACAACACCAUGGCCCUGUAUGGCGGGGUGUAUGCUGAGUGUCAGACGUGGAGCCUGGCCUCCCAACUCCGUGCUGGCAUUCGUUUCCUAGACAUCCGUUUGCGUUACAUCAACGGAAACCUCACCCUCCACCACGGAGUGUCCUACCAGCGAGGACACUUUGGCCACGUUUUAGAGGCUCUGGUGGACUUCCUGCAUGAAUACCCAACUGAGACGGUGCUGAUGCGUGUCAAAGAAGAGUUCAGUGAGUCUAAUAACAUCUACAGUGCUGUGGUAGACUACAUCCAUCGCUACGCUUACUGGGACCUGCUGUGGCACAGCCGACUGGUGCCUACCAUGGGCGAGGCCCGAGGGAAACUCAUCAUUCUGCAGAACUUUAUUGGGCCAGACUUGGGGAUGCGCUAUGAUUCUUUAGACAUAGCUGAUGAUUGGAAAGUGCCCACACUCCUAUAUUUAGAAAAGAAAUGGCAAAGUGUCUACGAACACCUCGAGGCUGCACCUGCAGGAAACCUGGAGCAGAUUUUUCUUACCUACAGCAGCGGAGCCGGUGUGUUCGCACACCCCAGAGCCGUCGCACUGCGCAUCAACCCACAGCUGUAUGACUACCUGCAGGCCAAGACGGACCUGAACCACCGCUUAGGAAUCAUAUGCAUGGACUUCCCUGCUGCUCCUAUUGUCCAAAUGAUCAUUGACUUCAACUAA